CAAAAGCGUAAAGGGAAAAUCGGAAAAUCCAAUCCGCUCGGCAGCAGUCGUCGAUGUCAAUGUCGUUGCGUGUGGCCUGCUAAAACUGCUAAAAACUGAAAUAAAAAACGAAUAGUUACAGAAAAUUGGCAACAAUAAACAAAAAUUAGUUAACAAAUUAGUUAUUAUUUAAAUUAGUGAAUUAAAAAGUUGGCAAUGCAUGAGGUUAAUUGAAACAAAAAGCAUUCCCAGGGAAAAUCAAGGAAAAAUGCAGUGCCCCAAAGUGUUGUGAGCGAAAUCAAUAAGAAAACAGUGGACAGUCUUUCGGUAAUCGAAGGAGAAAGAGGCGACCGCGACCGCAACCGCAUCGAGGGUCGAAUGCAAAUUGCAUUAAACCCCAGAGCUGUGUAGCUUGGGGGCCUAACUGACCGACGAACUGUUCAAGAAUCGAAAACCAAGUUGUGUCGCUUUUUGGCCCAGUUAAGCUAGCCCCAAUCGAUGCGAGAACUUAUUAUGAAACAGCGGCAGGAAGAAGUGUGAAAGGAAAGGAAAAGUGGAAAGUGGAAAGUAGAAAGUGUCAGGGAAAAGCGGAGAAGCUGCAGCCCCGCCGUGUAAACACAAACACACAAAAUCGAUACUCGCGUGUGCCUCUGUCUGGGGCAAAAACAAAAAAAUAAAAUAAAAUACAAAACUGGCAGCCCAAAUUGAGCGAAAUGGCUAGUUUUUGUUAACCAAUAGAACUAGCUGACUGGCCAAGAAACGAGAGCAAAAUGCUGUGGAUCAAGAGCAGGACCUAAGCUUGCAGGCGGCAUUAAUCGAUAUCAACUUUAAAAAGCCCACUACCGGUGGGAGGAGCCGGAAAAACCCCAAAAUGUGGACCCCCCGAAUUGCAGUCAACCACUGGCUGUUAGUCACCACAGCCAUAUUCGGAUUUCUAACUUUCAUAUGGAUUCCACAGGCCUCAGCCGAAUGUCAAACGCGUUCGAUAUACUGCUAUGAAUGUGAUUCCUGGACUGAUGCUCGCUGCAAGGAUCCUUUCAACUACACGGCUCUGCCCAGGGAUCAGCCCCCCUUGAUGACUUGCAACGGUUGCUGCGUGAAAAUGGUUCGGCAUCAGAGAUCACCUUACGAGGUGGUGCGGCGCAUGUGUACGUCACAGUUACAGAUAAAUUUGUUUAUGGUCGAUCACGUUUGCAUGAUGGAAAGUUCAGGCAAUGGACAUAUGUGCUUUUGUGAGGAAGAUAUGUGCAAUUCUAGUAAAGAUUUACACACUAACGGUUGCCAGCUACAUCUCAUAACCAUCGCAGUGGCAAUGUCAUGGCUAAUGGGUCAACUGCUCAGCAGAUAGAAAGUGUUAGGCUCACCAUCCUUAGAUACAAAACACAAAAAACAAACACAUACUCAGUACUCAGCUCAGAAUUCAGAACACACAACACCAAGAGUAUCCAACACAACAUACACUCACUAUCUCUCCUUAUCCUUCUAACUCUCUCUAUCUCUAUCUAAGCGUAUGAUUUGUAGCUUUAUUUGAUUUAAUUACGGUUACCGUUGCGAUUGAUUUAAGUUUUGAAGCACAGUUUUUUUUUUCCAAAGAACCUAAGGUAGUUUGAUCAGCACACCCGAAUCGUGUCGAGCUCGAAUAGAUCCCGAUCCCGAUCCCGAUCCAAGGAAUGUGAAUGCAUACCAAAGCUUCCCUCAGACCGAAGGCUUUCUCCUUUCUUCACAAAAACACAAAAUCUACACACUAUAAUGAUACAUAAAUACACGUUUAGUAAAGCCCAGCUUUGGAUGCACAGUCUUCUUGAGAAUCGAAUCGAAUCGAAUUGAACCGAAUCGUACUCGUUAUCGUACUCGGUAUUUGAAUUGCAUGUUGUUGAUGCUAAAGCUGAAGCAUGUAGCGCUUAAGUAGGAUUCGUAGUGAAUAUUACAUUUUGAUUUCGUUGUUACUUACAUUUGUAAAAGCCACCUCUGACCAGAGGGAUAUACAUAUAAAAAAAAAACCAAAAAAAAAAACCAAUAAUCGAAGUCAGUAAUCGAUUCACACUUUAAUAAGUUUUUAGACAUACAUACAAGCAUAUAUUUAAAAAGAAAAAAAGUCCCAAUUUAAAUCAUAUGUAAACUUGGAAUAACUCGACACUCUGUAAAUAUCGCCAGACUAGUUUUCAAUAUCAUCCAAAAGUAUUUGCAGUAACCAAGUGAAACAUUUGCUCAUCAUCUUGUUUAUUCCAAAGUCGGAAGCGAACAUCAUAAAGUUGUUUUACUUUGUUAUUUAUAAUCUGUAUCCUAGAUUGUAGCCAUUAAGCAGUACAGUACUCGGUUCGUGCUUGAAAUGGACCUAGAAAUCAAUGAAAGAAAUAACAUCAAUAUUUAAAAGUAGAUCCCAUAUCAUAUCACGUAAUCGAAGCAACAAUAAGACCGAUCGAUCUUAGUGUAGUUAGCCUCAUAGAAACCGCCACCAGCACCAAACUGUAUAAAGUACCGAUCACCCUUUGUCCAAUUGGUUUAUGUUCAACAAGUGAUAAAUAGUUUGUAAGUAGAAGAGAUCCCCUCGUUCCUCAUCCCGAUACUGAAUUCCCAAAUCCGCACCCCAAGGCCUCCAUUAUCUCCCCAUUAUGAAAUUGAAAUUGACUCAAUUCUCAUUCAUGCUAGUGAUAGUUUUAAAACGAAUCGAAUCGAAUCGGAACUUAUAGCUUACAUAGAUUAUGAUUUACAUUUUUCGAAUUUGAAUUAAUAUUAAACAUUAAUUAAUUAAUAAUGGUUAUGAUUAUCAUCUCGACUAGAGUACAUAUUCGACUUGAAGUUUUGUAUUUGUAAGCAUAAAACUUUUCAUUUGUAUAAUUGCAAAAACAAAAAACAAACAAAUUGGCUAAUAAACAAGAAGAACCAUUUUUUACCAUACAUACCAUUGUAUAUCUUUAGCAAAAUUUACUAUCAACUUUUGCCGUUAAAAUUUUUAGCUUCAAUUUGCUAUAUCUACUUGCUACUACUACUCACUUUUAAUCAACUUUCCAACAUUCGUGCACCUUUUGCCAACGCAUUUGUAAAAUAUUUACCCCCGACCCCAUUUCCUUCCUAGACUUGGCUUUAGUUGAAAACCGCUUUACGAAAAUACAUAAAUAGAGUAUCCAUUUCCGUCCAGCCGGGGAGCAUGUGACCUAGUUCCGUUGCUUUUGGCCCCAGGUAAGUCACUAGCUGAUGAUGAAGUUUAUGAAACUACUAUUGCUACAAGUUCAAAAGUCAAGUACAGUUGCGCACCGUAUCCUUAGUUCGCUCGUAGAUGGAUGGGGUAUCGGAUUUUAGCCGGCCUAUCUCAGUGGUACUCACUCACUCACACACUCCCAAGAGUAUAUCCUUUAAAUCCUGGUCCCUUCCGGUCCCGGUCCUGGUCCUGCCUACUCCCGUACACUUAGCGAAAAAAAACCCCCGUUGCAAUGUUUACACCAUUCGUUUUUGUGUUCGAUUUGUGUUUAAGUUUGUUGCUUUCCUGGUAUGUUGGUUUGUUCAAUACAAGAUAAACUUAUAUACUUAACCACAAAUAUAUCUAACCGAUUUUGGUUUGUGAAUGUUGACAAUAUUCUUAUAACCAGUAUUUGAUUGAUUGAUUGACGGUUGAUGAUGCGUUUCAAAGUUUGUUAAAAAAUAUACAAAUAAUACAAAACAAUACAGGCAAUGAAGUUGAAAACACACACAGAUUUUUAGUGCAAAAGAAUACUAUUAUUUUAAUUUAGUACUUUUUGUAGAUCCAACACCUAUAUAGCGCCAACAUUUUCUCUAUAUAUUUCUCUUUCUCUCUCUGUAUCUCCUAUCUCUCUGUCUUUCUUUCUAUCUGAUCUGUUUAACAAUCUAUCAUUCUACUAACAACUCUGAUUUUUCAAACCUUUUUACUAACUUUCAGUCAAACCAAAAAGAAAAUUAACAAAAACUUAAACCACAUAUAGAACUCCUUCACUAGAGACACCAACUAUAGCAUACUUAUGAGGGAAACAAAACCAAACAAAAAAAUCAAAAGACACGAAAUACACUAUAUGUUAGCGAAAUAUAUACUGAAACAGUUAUUGAAUUAGCGAAGCACUUAGAAAAAAUCGUACCACUCAUGAAUAUUAUAUAACCUAUGGUGAAUUUUUACUACUUGUAGGCGCGAAUUUCCAAAUCAAUGAUAACUAUGAAACUUUAAUUGAACUCGUUUUUAAAGAGCCCGUUGAAAAGUAGGGCCUAAGCUCCAUAUCCAUAGAUUCCUCACAAUACAAAAAGCACUAAAUUAAUAUCAAAGACUUUACCAAUAUAGCCAUAGUGCUAAUUAAUCGAAAUAUUGGUAUUGGUUGUUGAAUAUUGAAAAUACGAAAAAGAAUCACACAGACACGAUAAAACCAAACAAAAAAAGAUCAGAAGAAAACACAAGACCAACUCUCUAGAAAAAUCAGUAAUCGCUUUCAAAUUAUUAUUUUUUAUUUAUUCUGUGGACAUUAUUUUAAUUUUCCAUAUCUACAUAUAUAUAGAUAAUUUUUAUUCGGUUAAAAGCUCACUCACCUGGCCCCAAAGUGCCAACUAAGGCUUAGUUGGCCUGAAUUAACUUUAAUUAGUUGGCGCCAACUAAAGAAAGCUGAAUUCGCCGUGAAACAUUUUCGCCGCAAUUUAGUUCUUGUGGAUUUUGGGUUCCACUUGGAAUCCAAAUUCCACAAGAGGAUGUUAAAUUGCGGCUUGGAAACUAUUCAAAAAUUGCGCAACACUUAUUUAUAGAAUAAUUUUCCAAUUUUCUUGUAAGAUAUUUCAUUUGUUUUCAUUAAAAUAAGCAUUUCGGUGCCCUCCAUUCACCGCCCACUUCCCAACCGCCUCCAAAAACCUCCCUCCACAAAACGAAAAAGGUGCUUUUUCACAUACGACACCACUGUCUGACUUAGAUUUUUCAUCAUGUACGCCAUCGCAGCCAUUUAUCAGAGGUCGUUAUGCCGCGACAGCCGUUCCACAAUUGCAAUCUAUAUAUUUUAAACUAUAAGCUAAAACCCUUACACGGUGGGCGUGGCAGUUGUGGGCGGCAGGCGCGCGUCAUUGUCGAAAAUCUGAAACUUCGAGGGUGAAAAAAAUAAAAAAGAAAAAGAAAAGAGCACCGCCUGUUACCCGCGACAAUUCGCUUUUGGCCACAGGCGGUCGCCGUCCCACCUGUAAUUGUGAACGUCCUUGCGGCAAUCCCCCAAAGAAUAAAAUACCCCAUGAAAUGGACCUGCAGCUGAGAAUACCGUUGGAGGAUCGGCGUGGGAAAACCCAAAAAAGGCUUCUUCUGCUUGAAAGCUUCCUUUUUUUUGUCAGCCGGUUCUUCCAAACUCGCUUUGCUGGACAAAAAAUAAAACAAAAACUAAACAACUAUAUUACAAAUUUCAUAAUCAAACGCUUUAUCCAACCAGCAUACUCCCAGAAAUUGUUAAAAAUUCAAAUUACAAAAUUAUCGACAAUAUUUCAAUUGUAUUCCAAUGAAGACAAGUCAACGAGCACCUUUAAAAACUAUGAAAACAUUGUAACUAGCAAAUAAACAACGUUAAGCAAAUCAAGCAGAGCGAAAUGCGAACAAGCCUUGUACGAGAUUAUAAUAAAGAAAAGCAUUUAAACGAAAA